UGCGCUUUGGUGUUGCAGUCACCCUUCUGUUCAAACAGUUCCAGGCAGAGGCACACUCCUUCAGUUCUUCCCUUUCGAAAAUUCCCAACCCUUAUAAAAGGCUACAACCCAUUUUUCCUUCAAAAUUUUUUGCUGCCAUCGUCGUCUCUGGAAGCUCCAUUGUCGUCAAUCUCUGCUAUUCCAACUUCCAAGGACUGGUUUGUUCUAUCCCUUCACAUCCUCUGCUGUUCCACGGACUAUGUACAGAAACAAAAAUACAACUCUUUGCCCAUUAGAACUGGCUCGUCAAAAGGUUUUGACACCUAAUUGAACUGUGGGCUUCUAGUAGCGAAGAGUUCACUCAAAAACAAUCAUGGAUGUCGAUUCACAACCAACUAUGGAGGAAACUAUAUUGGUUGGAGAUGAUCUGAUGAUGGGCCCACCAUCUCCUCUCAUCCCACCAGAAAUUGCCUCUCACGUGCUUGAAGGUGUUGAUUUGUGCGAUGGGAUUUUAAGGAACCUAUUUUUGUGUUUGCAAAUCAACGACAUUGAGCCUUUUUGUCAAGAUGAGCUUGUUUUAUAUCGUCAGUGUGCUGAAAAGAGGGAUAUGGAAAUUAGGCAACGGCUUCAAGAUAGUGAGCGUAAAUUGGGGUUGUCAAUGCCUUUAGAUGAAGCAAAGGAAAGAGCUUCUCAGCUUGAAUCAGAAGUCACAUCACUGGAUAGGCGCUUGAUUCUUGCUAGCGGAAUUGAAGGCAUUGAAGGAUUUCGCCAGAGAUGGAGCUUGCAUGGUCGUCUUACAGAUACAAAGAGAAGGUUGGAGUCUUUAAAGCAGGGCAUUGAGAACAGAAAGAAGGAUGUGAAUAAGGAUGAGCCUGCUCCAAGUUCAACUAACAAAAGAUGGUUCUUCUGGUGACAUUAAUGCUGCAUUUGUAUAUUGCCAUUUUUUAGUAAAAUCCCCCAGCAACCUGUGACAAUACAAUAGUAAUGAACUCAAUACAGCCUAAAAAGGCCAGAGUCGAAGUGAAUUAUGUGUUACUACUUCAUUUUCAACGAGUCUUGUGAACGCCCCAAAUUUGAGUAUACAUGCUGUGAUGCUA